CAGUGGAGUUCUGUGUGUGAAUCGCUGCGGAUUUCUUCACCCCGUGACAAAGUUGUUAUCCUGAGCUGUGGGUCGCAGUCGUGAAAACUCUGCUCUUCUAACAAAACGACAACCUGUUUCAGUGACCAGGACACUUGUACGGGCACGAAACGGUUGUGUAAGCCAUGAUCUAAGGUGUUAACAUCUACAUUUUAUCCAUGGAUGUGGACUUGCCUUCACACAUGCCACGAUCGCACACAUCAGUGUCUCAGUCUGACUCCAGUGCAGAUGUGUGGGACUGGUUGUGUGUACUUCAUCUAGAGCAGUACUCUGAGACAUUUCACAAUGCUGGGCUGACAACGUUGCAGCAAUGUCACAACCUCACACCAGAUCAGCUGGAGAGGAUGGGUGUCACCCUGCCAGGUCAUCAGAGACGCAUCCUGGCUAGCCUGAACAAAACGCAUGGCAGUCGUGACAUACAUACUGAUUUACACUCUCCCCCUUUGCCGUCUGAAAGGAAUCAAUCAGUGGUGGAGAAGGAACAUAUUAAAAUGUUACAGGGGGAGAGAUCUGUGACCAUCCCAGAGGAAGGAAAAUGUAUCCACACGCAAAUGGAGAAAGGCCAUCAAGAGUCAUUGAGACCUACACCGAGAGAAAGAGAGAAACCAGUCCCUAAGGAGAGACAAACACCCAGGAAGAAAGAGCGAAAUGGAGGAGGCGAAAAGAAACCAGUUCCUGAAAAAAGACUAUCAGCACCGAGACCAAGCAAAGAGGAAGAUGGCGAUGGAGAGAGGGAGAAACCUUUUCCUAAAGAAAGAACUAAGUUUCGCUCCAAUUCUUCAGUGAAUUCCCCCCCCAGCCCCCUUGUCUCUACAAUUUCUGACACCUCGUUACCCCCUGUCCCCCCACGAAGCUCAGCCAACUGCCCUCCUCAGCGGUUUAGCUCCUCACCUCCUGCUCAAACCCCUGGUUCCCCUAAACUAGACAGGCAAGAUAUUAAAGCUACAGCUGUUCAGAGCAGGUCUCAGAGUUUAACUCCUACGAGCCCCCCUACCCACACCACUGCACAAACUCGGCCACAGACAUUAGACAUUCAGACAUCUGUCCAACAUUUGGUUAGUGAUGGAGGAAGAAAAACAUCACCUGUCCCCCUUAUUGUCUCUCUCAGUGAUGACAGUAAUGCUCCACCUCUCCCUCCAAAAGGGGUAGCACCAAAAGGCCCACCACCAAUCCCUUACCGGUUUCCUGCACAGUCUUCUAGAACUUGCAGCUCCUCGCCCACCAAGACAGCUACUGAUGAGCUGCAGAAAGACCAAACUCCACAGGCGCCACCACGGAUCAGGUCACAUCACCCUCCUCACACUAAAGAAAACGUGCUACAGUCAACUCAACCUGACACUCAGCCGGCUCUGCCUGUCAGGAGAGUCUCACAACCCUCUUAUCUUGGUUCGCUCAAUGAUAAUUCUGAUGAAUAUAAGGAACCAGACUUCAUUAACCCCAGUGUUAAACGCAGGAGCCCACCACCCAGGGACAUGUCCCUGCAACUGCCAGGUCAAACAAGAGGGCGGUACAGUUCUUGGUUAAGCGAUGAAGAGCUGUUGGACGACGAUGAUGAUGAUUUCCUGGAGAGGAGCCUCGAUAGCUUGCAGGGAAGUGUUUGCCUGCAUAACCAGAAGACUGGCAAACUGGCUUCAGCCACUAAAGAAAACAGCUCCCAGCUCGCUGCUGUCAUCAAGAUGGGUUGGCUGGACAAGAAUCCACCUCAGGGGGUCCUUUAUUACCAGAGACGAUGGGUAAAACUGGAUGUGGAUUAUCUGAGAUACUUUGACAGUGAUAAGGACGUAUAUUCCAAAGGGAUCAUCUCAACAGCAUUCAUUACUAAUGUGGCAAGUGUGGGAGAGCAUAAGUUUGAAGUUGCCACAAACAACCGCACGUUUAUCUUCAGGGCUGAAAGUGAAGCUGAGAGAAACGACUGGGUGAGUGUAGUGCAAGACUGCACCAGGGGGCGCUAUCGGCGCAGCAACGUUGGCCCUGGUUCACCUUUGGCCCCAGACCAUCAGGGCUAUCUGGAACUCAAAGGGUUUCGCUCCAAAUUUUAUACAGUUGUCGCCUCAGAUAAGGUCUUCCUCUACAAAAACAUAGAUGACUACCGUAUUGGUGUUGGUGUCACAUCCAUUGAGAUGAAUGUUGCAAAUAUUAAAGACUCAGAACGUCGUAACUUUGAUCUCAUCACGCCCUACCGCAUUUUCAGUUUCAUAGCAGAGGCGGAGCAGCAUAGAGAGCAGUGGGUGGACGCCAUGCGGAAAGCCAUAGAUGAGGCAUUGUCCAGUCGCGAGGUGGCAGAACGGAUCUGGGUGGAGCCAAGCAACAUUUUCUGUGCCGACUGUCAGGCACCCAAGCCAGAGUGGGCAGCCAUCAACUUGUGUGUGGUGGUCUGCAAACAAUGCGCAGGAGAGCACAGAGGACUGGGACCUAGUGUCUCAAAAGUUCGUAGUCUAAAGAUGGACAGGAAAGUCUGGACAGAGGAACUAAUACAGGUGUUCGUGGUGCUAGGCAACGAGCGGGUAAACAGUUUCUGGGCAGCAAAUGUCCCACCCAGCGAGGCUUUGACACCUUCUAGCUGUAGUGAUGAAAGAAGACGCUUCAUCACCAACAAAUACCGCCAGGGAAAAUACAGAAAGUACCAUCCGCUGUAUGGAAACCAGAAAGAGCUUGACAAUGCUCUGUGCAUCAAUGUUCAGUGCAGUGAUUUGUUAGAGACAAUAAGUCUGAUCUUCUGUGGGGCAGAUGUCAAUUGUUCAACUGGAAAGACCAACUGGCCUUCCCCUUUCUCCCUGGCCAACGCACACGCACAACCCUUACAGGCUGAGUUAAUUAGAAACAAUCUCAGCACAGAUCUGCCACAGUCAGACGUGGUUAGGGUCAUGGAGGCCAAACAUUAUUCACCACCACCUAGUGUGUCUCAUAACGGCUUCCUUUACAAAACUGCAUCCAUGGCUCGGGCUGUCACAGAGCGCAAGGGCAAAGAGGAGUUCAGUCGCCGUUGGUGUACGCUGAAUGAUGGCACCUUCAGUUAUUAUGAGAGUGACAAGAACUCAAACCCUAACGGCACUUUGAAAGCUUCAGAGAUCGUCUGUUUGGCUGUCGACCCGCACGAUAAACAUUGGUAUGACAGUACCUUUGAAAUUUACUCCGAGUCAGAGCGUCUCUAUCUGUUUGGCACUGAUAAUGCAGAUAGCCACAAAGAAUGGGUGAAAUCUAUUGCCAAGAGCUUUAUCCCAGCCACUGCAGAACCAUUAUUGAGGAUGGGUUUUGAGCGGAUCGGGAGGCUGAAAUAUAAAGACGGCUUGAAUCUACAAACAUCUAAAGUUGGUUGGUUUGCUCUGGUGGGCUCCACACUUCAUGCCCUUCUGGAGGGUGACCAGUGGGAGGAGAUCCACCUCCGUAAACUUAAUGAACUCUCCACCCAACAAGACAAUGAAGUACUGGUUCUGGUAGAGAAAGGCAGAGCCUUGUACAUGGAAGGAGAGAGGAAGUUGGAUUUUGCCGGCUGGUGUGCCGCCAUCCGAACAGCCGCGGGGAGUGGAGGAGACACACUGAGUCAGCAGCAGCUCACAGAAACUGAUAUCCCUGUCAUCGUUCAUAGCUGCAUUGGCUACAUCACUCAGUGUGGCGGCUUGACAUCUGAGGGAAUCUAUCGCAAGAGUGGUGUGAACUCGCGCGUGGCAGCACUGUGCCAGAGAUUUCGACGCGAUGCCCGCAGCGUGCAUCUGAGGGAAGGAGAUCACCAGGUGGACGAUGUCUCCAACACACUCAAGCGCUUCUUUAGGGAGUUAGAGGAAGGACUGUUCACAUCGGAGAGCUCCAGCAACUGGCUCAGUGCAGCUGCCAUUCAGGAUGAAAAAAUGAAAAUCUCAGAGUACCAGCAGCUGUUCAACAGACUGCCUCAUGUCAACAAGGCUACACUACAAGCCCUUAUCAACCACCUGUAUUGCGUGCAGUGUUUUUCAGACCAGAACCAAAUGAACCUCCACAACCUGGCUAUAGUGUUCGGCCCCACCCUGUUUCAGACAGAUGGGAAAGACUACACUGCUGGCCGCACCGUUGAAGACCUCAUACAGCACUACACACUCAUAUUUAUGGUGGAGGAGCAGCAGCUCGAGAAGCAGCUAAAAGAGAUCCAUGCUAUCAUAAACAUGAGGCUGAAACUCAACACAAAGUUUCCCAGUACUGAGCCCGGAGGUCAUUUCAUCUGCACCGUGUACCUGGAGGAGGAAAACACAGACACAGUAGAGCAACAUGUGAAGAUCCCUGGUUCUAUGACAGCAGCAGAGCUGACAUGUGAGGUCCUUGACCGGCGCAACAUCAGCAUUAAAGAUAAUGAGUACUGGAGCUGCUGGGAGGUUAGCAACAAGGAGGAAAUGGAACGACCACUGCACUAUCAGGAGCGAGUUUUACCCAUUCUUCAUGCGUUUGGCACAGACUCCCAUCUGCUCAUCAAGAAGCACCUCGCUCUGGAGUCAAUGAUCGUAUACCUAAGCAGUAAAGUGGAUGCAUCCAAACAUGGGAUGAUGAAAUUCAGAGAGGAGCGAAGCAUCCUGGGCCUGGGUCUGACCUCGGCUUUCAAUGACCGAUAUUUCAUCCUCAACUCCAGCUUGCUCAGAAUGUACAAGGAAGUCAGAAGUAACCGUACAGAACGUGACUGGCAAGUGAAAAAUCUCAAGGUGUAUUUAGGUAUCAAGAAGAGGCUUCGUCCUCCCACCUGCUGGGGACUGACAGUGGUGUGCGAGAGUAAGAAGCAAGAGAGGCAGCAGUGGUAUCUCUGCUGUGAGAGCCAGUCAGAAAUGAGGGAGUGGUAUGCUACUUUUCUCAGUGUUCAGUAUGAUGGCGAUGUGUGGCCUCAGGAUGGCCUGCAGCAGACACGGAUGAGCCGGGUGUUGCCAGACACGCGUCACGGUAACGUGUCACUGAUACCACUGCGUGGCAGUGAGAAUGAAAUGCGUAACAGCGUAGCAGCUUUCAGCCAAGACCCGCUUGCUCUCUUUAGGGAUGUUCGAUAAUCCUUGCUUAAAGAAAGGUGGUUGGACUCAUCAGAUGAUCUCUCAACGUGCCAAUUACGUCAUCACUGUGGUGACAGACAGACAAACAGAGUAAUGGACUCUCAUAUUGUGCACCUGGAUUAUGGACUGCUGCAUGUUCUGCUCAGUAUAAUAUAAAAUGGACCAAAACCUGUGUGUACUACAGUGGCGGUGUGAAAUAUAACCUGCACACAAGAGUUUUACGUGAAUGUACAGUAGAGAGUUGGAGCUGUGGCAUUAACGAUGACGAGAUGAACAAAAAUCGAAUUUUCCUUGUACGUUCCAGCUCGACGUGGAGCCAGUCUGUGCUCAGUGUUGGACUCUUUAUUGGUCAGUGUGGCAUAUAAUCCCUGACAUGUUUUAUUAUAAUGAUGUAUAAUGGGACAGAGGUAUGAAAGACAUGCUGAGCAAAAAAACCUUAGAUUAUUUUAGGCACUAGCAUCGAGUGCUUAGAGAAUGUUAUUUUUUUAAUUGAAAAUAGAAGUUUGUAGGUGAUUUUUUUUAUCUCUCUGUGCUACUGUCUGACAGAUUAUUUUGUAAAUCUGAAAUUCAAAAAAGUGAACAGUAGCUAUUGUAAGUAAAGUUGAUGUCUGAUAAUGAGAAUGAAUUCUGACUGGGCCCAAGAGACAGCUGACAAAUGACAGGUGAUGGAUUAGUGUUUAUUGUACGGCAUGACCAACACAGUGCAAAACCUUGAUCUUGCUGUUUAAAUGCUUAUGUCACUUUGUCUGCAUACAGUAGAUGCACCUGUGUGCAUACACACACACACAAGUUUGUUUUUGUUUGGUUGAGUUACCGCUGAGGCCAAAACAUGCUGCAUGUACUGACAUACAGUAGGGCGAAUGGUGGGGUACACCCUGGACAGGUCACCAGUCCAUCACAGGGUUAGGGUUAACCAUGCACUCUCACUUAUAUUUACUCAUUUGAUGUGAUAGUCGUCAUAGUCGCCUCCUGUGUGUUGGUCCUUUAUGAAUUAUAAUUGAAUAAACAUACAAGUUUGAUUGAGUCAGUAUGAAAUAACAUCAUUUCAAUAGCAUAUUUUUAUGAUUUGUUAAUCUAACCCCCAAAUGAGGACGCAGUGGUUCCACUGAAAAAUCUGCAAGCACAACAGAUGAACAUAAAUGCAAUAUUGUCUUCUAUCAGUCUUAGUUCAUGAGUCCAAACUUGUGUGUGUGUGUAUAUGUAUAUAUUUGUUGUUGUUUUUGUUAAAAGUAAUAACCUGUCAACGGCUGCCUUACCAGAACAUCCACCAUCCUCACUACCUUGUAGUGCUGUAAGCCACCUGUAGGUUCUCAUGUUGUAAACAUAUUUUUGUAUUUAUUCAGACAGCAGAAGGCGCUGGAUGCUGCACUGUAGGAUGUCUUGUAUUAGUGAGGCAUCUUAAGGCUCAGCUCUUUGUUAGUUUUUUUUUACCUUUAACAGCAGUGCCUGUGAAUGUGUAUAUACCGUAGUGUAUUUAUAUUUGUGUGUGUUAUUAGCCGUGGCUGUGCAGUUCAGCAGGAAUAGAGAAUGCACUCUAUUGUAACAAACCUACAGUGCCUAUAGAAAGUAUCGCCCGACCGUUAUUGUUUUGUAACACUGAAGUACUAUGAGGAGACACUUGUGAAGGCUCAUCAUUAGAGCAAUUUAAAUGAUAAUCUUUACGAAUUGAUAUGAAAUGAGAGGCAUGCGACAUUUAACAUAUCCGCAUAUUCACCUCCCUUUCAAUCAACAGUCUCUUGGCCUACACGAAUGAGCCUUUAAGGUCACAUCACAAAGGGCACAGACUCAAGUGGCUGCCUGUCCAGUAGCUCCGUCACUGUUGCGUUGUUUUUCAUUUCCUGCGGGAUUAAUAAAGUCUCUAUCUGAAAGACCUGCUGCAGACAAACAUUCAUCCAGCAGCAUACUGCUACUCUCACUUUUCAUUUGGAACACAUGGUUUAAGUAUUGCAGCCAUGAGAUUUAGUAAAAUUAUCAAACCUCCAUCCUUUUCCACUGUUUGUCACCCACAAGCCUCUGGCAAUUGUUUUUUUUUUAUUCAUUUGUGAGUGAGUCACCAGAGCAGCAGCAGUUGUAUGAAUGUUGUCUCCCAUCAUGCAGCAUGUGUAGUACUCCCAGUGACAAGUGCCAGGUGUUAUCACUUGUUCUAGAUAAAUGUGUUUUGUUUAUAUUUGUAUGGAAAUGUUUAAUCUACCCCCUGAACAGUACAUUUUCAUCUAAUUUAGUAAUUUGUAUUGAGAAUAUGUGUCAUAAUAGAAAAUGUACUUUUUGAAGAGAUCGGUUUACUUUUAGGAUUUGAAACAUCUUUAGUGGAUUAAAUGAGUUUCAGUGUUUUAAAACAAUACAUUAAGUCCUGCAGGGGGCUGGUAAAUACUUUAUAUACACGUGGUGUGUAUAUUCUGUCUCUUUUCUUAUUCUACUGCUCUGCUUUUUACUGAUUUCGCAUCAAAGAAACUAAUAAACAAAUUCAGCUGG